AUGAUGAUAGUCUUCUUUCUCUUCUUCUUAUCAUUUUGCUCUUCUUCUACUUCAAAUGUGUUUUCUGGUUCUUCCUUUUCCAUUAAGGGUGAUCAAAUGUUUAAUUUGAACAGAAUUGUGAUCAAUAACUAUAUCAAGCCAAUUGUGUGGAUAGAGAGACUCGAUCAAUAG